AUGACCUUGUCCUUGUACCUUUCCUUAGAAAGUAUACAGGCAGAGACGGUGGUAUCACACAACUUCAGAGAGUUGGAGCAGGAUUGUUUCUAUGCAUCACAAGUAUGUUGGUCUGCAGCUGAACAACCCAGAAGAACGGUAGCUCCCACAAGGCCUACGCUAGGGGUUGCACCAAGAAAAGGCGCAACCUCUUCAAUGUCUGGUAUGUGGCUGAUUCCUCAGCUAGUGCUAAUGGGUAUAGGAGACGCCCUAGCUGGAGUUGGUCAAAUGGAGUUUUACUACAAACAGUUCCCAGAGAACAUGAGAAGUUUUGCUGGUUCUUUGUAUUACUGCGGCAUUGGAUUAGCUAGUUACUUCAGCAGCUUUCUGGUAUCAGCAUUGGAUUGA